AUGAUUACGCUCAAGACCAUCACCAUUGCCAAUGAUGGUGGUGGUACCUAUGUUGUCAGCAAUGAAAAGGAAUUCGACCGUUUGUUGGAUUCCUUGAACACAAAGUAUUUGGAGAAGGUGGACGACCAUCUGCGAGUGCUCGGAUAUGCAUCUCUUAUGGACGGAAGAACCUAUACGGCUGGGGCCAGUCAUGUUACAAAUGAAGUAUCCACCAAUGCCACGGCGCAUCAUCAAGAUAUUUCAAAUGUAGCUGCAGCACAUCAGCCGACGUUGCCGAGCGAUGCCAGGAGCGAUAAUGAUACUGAUGAUGAUGAAGGCAACAAGAAAAGGCGUGCCGAGAAAUUGACCAACAACAAAACAAACAGAAAGGAGAAACAGAAGGCAGCGAAUGAAGGUGAAACAAUUGUCAUCAGCAGGGACAGUGAACCAGAAGAGAUCAACAACAGUGAUGCGAAUGAACAACAGCUUGAUGAGGGCGAAAAGGAGAACCAAUUGAGCAAAGCGAGCAAAUUUAUUAACGAUGGGAAUGAUUUGUACCACCAAUGCAAAAAUGCGGAAGCAUUGACGAACUACCAAAAGGGACUUGAAAUUCGUUUAGCAGUACUGGGAAAUAGUCUUGUUGACACUGCCGACUCAUACUACAAUAUCGGGAUUUCCUUGAACAAUCAAAAGAAAUAUGACGAAGCAUUGACGAACCACCAAAAGGCACUUGAAAUUCGUUUAGCAGUACUGGGAAAUAGUCAUGUUGACACUGCCGACUCAUACUACAAUAUCGGGAUUUCCUUGCACAAUCAAAAGAAAUAUGACGAAGCAUUGACGAACCACCAAAAGGCAUUUGAAAUUCGUUUAGCAGUACUGGGAAAGAGUCAUGUUGAUACUGCCGGCUCAUACAACAGUAUCGGGAUUGCCUUUACAAAGCGAAAGAAAUAUGACGAAUCAUUGACGAACCACCAAAAGGCACUUGAAAUUCGUUUAGCAGUACUGGGAAAGAGACAUGUUGGAACUGCCAACUCAUACUUCAAUAUCGGAAUUGUCUAUGAGUGCAAAGUGAAACAUAAGGAAGCCCUGAAUUCAUACCGCCAAGCUCUCGAUAUUCAGUUGGAAGUCCUUGGCAAUCAUCAUGACAAAGUUGCCGACACGUAUAAACGCAUGGGAAUCGUCUUGACCAAACAAAACCAACAUGGCAAAGCCCGCGUCAUGUACCAACGGGCUCUUGAUAUUUACUUGGAGGUUCACGGCGAGGGCCAUAGCCAUGUUGCAGGUGUACGAAAGAACAUGGCAAAGGGUUUGAAACUCCAAGGCCAACACUAG